UCUUCAAUUGUCUGUUGUUAAUUGAAGCGAUCUGUCAUAAAAUAUUUGUCGUUCUUCAUCAUUAAAAUGAAGCUAACAAUUGUGCUUUUGACGGUACUUGUGCUAGUAGCUCCAAAGGGAUCUGAAGCCAAUUGCCUAACCGAUUUUUUGAGUGCAGCAAGAGGCUUGAACUUCAACAUAACACCAUAUUUGUAUCGACUUACAUGCAGUCCGGGCUCAACUUGUAAUGGAAUGGCGAACGCAUACAGCGCAGAUCGAGGUGUUGGAUGCAGUACACGAUGCGGCGGAUCAUUUACAUCGUUUGCCGUAGCUGGUAUCUCUGGAUUGCCUAAGUGUUUCCGUAAUACUGCUCCACCUGGUACUGAAUUCAUUCAAGAUUGCUACUGCUGCUUCGGCUACGUUUUCGAUGAUGCAACUAACUCCUGCAUUGAUCCAUCAACUUGCACUAGAGGAUUCGGAGUCUACUGAAUGGUGUAGUUACAAAAAAUGAAAUUAUUUUUCAGUUUGUCAUACAAUCGACCAUACGAAAAUAAAAAUUGAAAAAUUCACUUC